GGAGGGGUGCGCGGCGGCGGCGGUGGAGGCGGCGGCGGAGGAUGGAUCCGCCGGCGGGCGCGCAGGGCCAGCACCAGCACGAGCCCAUCAGCUUCGGCAUCGACCAGAUCCUCAACAGCCCCGAGCAGGAGAGCGCUCCCCCGCCGCCCCCCCGGGGCCCCGACGGCGCGACCUUCCUGGGCGGCCCCGGCGGCCGCGGCGGCGCGCCCUACCCGGCCCUGCCGGCCCCCUUCCCGGCCAUCGCCGCGCCCUUCGAGGACUCGGGAUCUUACAGUGUGAACCUCAGCCUGGCCCCGGCCGGCGUGAUCCGGGUGCCGGCGCACAGGCCCAUCCCCGGGGCCGUGCCGCCGCCCAUCUCCAGCGCCAUCCCGGCCAUGCCCGCCGUGCCCAGCCUGGGCAGCCUCAACUUCCCCUGGAUGGAGAGCAGCAGGCGCUUCGUCAAGGACCGGUUCACAGAACCGGACCCCGCCGAAGCGCAAGAAGCCGCGGACGUCCUUCUCCCGGGUGCAGAUCUGCGAGCUGGAGAAGCGCUUCCACCGGCAGAAGUACCUGGCCUCGGCCGAGCGCGCUGCCCUCGCCAAGUCCCUCAAGAUGACGGACGCCCAGGUGAAGACCUGGUUCCAGAACCGGCGCACCAAAUGGCGGCGGCAGACGGCGGAGGAGCGGGAGGCCGAGCGGCAGCAGGCGAGCCGGCUGAUGCUGCAGCUGCAGCACGACGCCUUCCAGAAGUCGCUGAACGAGUCGAUCCAGCCCGACCCGCUGUGCCUGCACAACUCGUCGCUGUUCGCGCUGCAGAACCUGCAGCCCUGGGAGGAGGAGAGCGCCAAGAUCCCGCCGGUCACCUCCCUCGUCUGAGCCCGGCAGCCCGGGCACGCAGCGGACUCGCCCGCGGAGCUCGGCCGGCGGCUCCCCCGCCCCCGGGGCCGCGGUUCGCCCCAGACGGGGCGGGCGGGGGGGCGGCGGCGAGCGGCGCCCGCGGGACCGGCACCGGCACCGGGACCGGGACCGGGGCCGCCGCGGCGCUUCCCCGAGGCCGGCGCGGAGCGGAGCGGAGCCGCCGGGCGCUGCCGUCGCGGGGCCCCGCGCUCCGCUUGUAUAUUCGUGUCGAUGUUCCACUAGGAAGGGAAAUAUGUCACUUUUUGUAAGAAGUGUUAAUAAUUUAAUUUAUUUAUGCAUCGAGAUUUUGGGCACUAUUAAUAUGGAAUUAUAUAAAACCUCGAUUAUUUAUAUCGAAAUCUGAACAUAGGUAUUUUGCGUUGGCUUUGGAACAAAAGGCUAUUUUUUUUUUUCCUGUUCUGAGGAUAGUCUAAAGAAAAAAAAAUACCUACCUAUCACUUAGCGGAGGGGACUAAGUGGAGCCGGUGAUGACUCAUUAGCUUAGGAAACCCUAUUAAGCUGAAAAGCGGUAGCUUCCAUCUGUCCCAGGUGAAGUUAAUGUCAGCUGUAAUUUAUUCACCGUAGUAAUAAGGGCUCCUUUCAGGCAACACACACUCGGUUUUGUCCUCACCUUUCCAGCCGAUGAGCUUUCGCGCACCGAAACAGCACCCGCACCCUCUCCUUUCGCCACCGACUCUAGAGAAAGCGCCUUAUGUUUCAUAAUAAAGAAGAUUUGGGGUUGACACAGACCAUGUAUAAUACUUUGUACUUGCCGAGACGUGUAAAUAAACGUUUUCUU